AUGCCUAAAAGACAGGCCUCCGAAGCUUUGGAGGAGCUUGAUGUUGGUUCGCCUGCAUCGAAACGGUCGCGGUUUGAUGACGGCCCAGAAUUAAAUGCCAAUGGCGCGUUAGCUUCAGACGAGAGACACGACGAUAUUCCCAUUAUUGGCGAGGGAGAUAACGAUGAAUUUGAAGAUGAGCCUUCAAAGGCGCCGAUACGACAGUCUGCGCCUACAGCAGGGUACGACGACCUUUAUCUAGAUACAAUCGAUCGCAACGUGCUCGACUUCGACUUCGAAAAGCUAUGCUCUAUCAGCCUAUCCAACAUAAACGUCUAUGCAUGUCUGGUCUGCGGGAAAUACUUUCAAGGCAGAGGUCCAAAGUCGCAUGCAUAUUUCCACUCUCUCGAAGUCGGACAUCAUGUAUUUAUCAACAUGGAAACUCAGAAAGUCUAUGUAUUACCAGAAGGCUACGAAGUGAAGAGCAAAUCCUUGGACGAUAUAAAAUACGUAUCUGAUCCGAGAUACACGAGGCAGGAAGUGAUGGAGCUGGAUCGCAAGGCUCGGACCGCUUGGACACUAGAUGGAAAAGAAUACACACCUGGUUUUGUGGGUAUGAACAACAUCAAGGAGAAUGACUAUCUCAAUGUCGUAGUUCAAGCGCUAUCUCACGUUUCGCCUCUACGGAACUAUCUUCUACUAGAAGAUCUGUCGUCGCGCAUAGAGCUCGUGAAGCGCUGCGGCAUCUUAUUUAGAAAGAUCUGGAAUCCUCGAGCCUUCAAGAACCACGUAUCACCUCACGAACUUUUACAGGAGAUCUCGUUGAGGUCCAACAAGAAGUUCACUUUGACAAAUCAAUCCGACCCUGUUGAUUUCUUGUCAUGGUUUCUUAACAAUUUGCACCUAGGACUAGGUGGAAGCAAGACAAAGCCAGGGAGCAGUAUUAUACAACGAAUAUUCCAGGGGAAACUCAAAGUCGAAUCGCAAGCUAUUACAGCCAAGGCAGAUGCCGGUGAUCGCUUACGGUUUGAAGAGGCAGCAGAAGUCAAGACGGAUAUCAAUCGGUUCUUGCUCUUGACGCUCGAUCUGCCCCCUGCGCCUCUAUUCCAAGACGAGCUGGAGCGCAACAUCAUUCCUCAAGUUCCCUUAACGACUAUCUUGACCAAAUAUGACGGUAUGAAAGCGCAAGAACAUCUGGCGCAGAGGAAACGAUACCGACUUAUGCACCCGUUACCACCAUACCUCACCUUUCAUAUUAAACGCUUCUCCACGAACAAAUUCGUGUCGGAGCGGAACCCGACGAUCGUCACGUUCGAUGCACGUGUCGGUCUUGACAUAUCACCCUACGUAGAACCAAGCCCAGCAGAUCAUCCUCCAGGGGAACCGAUCUGGUACGAUCUAGUCGCAAACGUCACGCACGAAGCCAUUAGGGCAAAAGAGGAUGUAGCGGACUCGGGAGAGGAACGGAAGACGUGGAAGGUCCAACUUAAGGAUAAAGGACGAGACGAAUGGGUGGUAUGUCAGGACCUCUUUGUGGAGAAGACUCAGAAGGAACUAUUGUAUCUCGGGGAGUCGUAUCUGCAGAUAUGGGAAAGGCGGCGAGAUCCUAAGGGGAAACGGAAAACUAUAGACUGGCUCCUCGACCGCGGUUACCUACCGCAUCCCGUGAUACGGGUUGGUAUCCGGCGGCAAUUGGCGCAGCGGCUCGAGGAGAUUAAGUCGUCGACUCUAGCAGCUGAUUACGAGCGCAAGAUGAAGUACAUUGAGCUGUUGGGCACGCGACCCAUCGCUGUCGAGACUGCUACUGCUAACACGCAGCAUUACGAAGUCGGUACGGGCGUCUUGGCCGGUAUGCUAGGCCCUCGUAUGAAGUACUCCUGCAGCCUGUACCCCAAGGGCGGCGAAACUCUUGCACAGGCCGAGAUGGCUAUGCUGGAGCUGUAUGCUGCGAGGGCAGAGCUCCGCGACGGCAUGAGUAUCCUAGACCUAGGAUGCGGCUGGGGUUCCGGCGCCCUGUAUUUUGCCGAGAUGUUCCCAAAGUCCAAGAUCACGGCGUUCUCGAACUCGCGGACGCAAAAGGAGUACAUCGACGCCAAGGCCAAGGAGAAGAGCCUGACGAACUUGACAGUCAUCACGGGGGACGUGGUUGACUACGAGUUCAAGAAGCAGAGUUUUGAUCGGGUGGUCUCGAUAGAGCUCUUCGAGCAUAUGAAGAAUUACGAGCAACUUAUGGCUAAGAUAUCGAGGGCCCUGAAGCCGGGGGGUAAGUUGUUUGUGCAUAUAUUUGCGCAUAAGAAUACCCCGUAUGAUUAUGAGGAGGGUUGGAUGACUACGUAUUUUUUCACUGGUGGGACUAUGCCGUCAGCGGAUCUACUACUAUAUUUCCAGAAAGACCUUCACGUUGAGAAGCAAUGGUGGGUCAAUGGAAAUAAUUACUCAAAGACGUGCGAGCAUUGGCUUUCCAACACGAUUGCAAACAAGAAUAAUAUAUGGCCACACCUGGAAGAAACGUACGGAGAGGACAACGCGAACACGUGGUACAACAGGUGGCAGAUCUUUUACAUGGCUUGUUCGGAAUUAUUCGCCUAUGAGGGUGGGGAUACCUGGGGUGUGGCCCAUUAUUUGUUCGAGAAGCCGAAACAAUCGUGA